UUGGACUGGAUUGGAUCGGAUCUAAGUCUUUAGGGAUGGGAGAGUGAGGUUUGGGAUAGGUACCCGUCUCCCACUUAGACGAACUUCCAACAGAGCCUCGCUUCUAACUUCGUUGUUGCCGGCAUCUGUCCGGUCCUUCCUGGUUCGCUCCUACCUCAGAUUGUAGAUAAAAGCUGCCACCCUCUCAACCUCUUUCCACGACCUUUCCUUUCUUCUUUACACAGAUAUCGUGCUUCACGCGAUCUCUUCCCUACAUAUUACUUCAACUUUCUUUCAACUUUACUCAGAAAACCUCCGGCUGAUCUUCUGCGGCCAGCCUUAACAACAAAACAUCUUAGCUCAGCUCCCCUCCAGCUUUCGCUUAUACCAACACCCAUUCGAUGGGAGAAACCGAAUCCAAAUCCGCGAAUGGUGCAAUUCACGCCACUACCACGUCGGACUCGUCGACCGUCGCAACCGGUCAGGACGACCAACCUCCUAUAGCGGAACCCCCAGACCUACUAGCCAUAGAGAAGCCGAUUCUUCCCCAUACGCUCUCUGCUCAUCGCGUCGCCAGAGACCUCAAGUCUGACGUUGACGAUGGUUUGAGUAGCGAAGAGGCUGCUGCCCGCCUUGCGCGGGACGGCCCUAAUUCUAUCAAAGGCGCCAAGGGUAUCUCUCUGUACGAGAUCUUCAUACAGCAGAUUGCCAAUGCCCUGACUGUCGUCCUCAUCGCCGUGACCGCUCUGUCCUUUGCUAUCUCGGACUAUAUUGAGGGUGCCGUCGUGGCCGCCGUCAUUGUCCUCAACAUCGUUGUCGGAUUGAUCCAGGACUACCGCGCUGAGCAGACCAUCCAGUCACUCUAUGCCCUGUCCACUCCUAAAUGCAAGGUCAUCCGAGAUGGCCAGAGUGAAACUGUCAAGGCCGAAACCCUCGUCAAGGGAGACAUAGUCUCUCUCGCAACUGGCGAUGUUGUUCCUGCCGAUCUGCGCCUGGUUCAGGGUAUCAACGUCUCUACCGACGAGGCACUUCUCACUGGUGAAUCUAUCGCCAUCAGCAAGAAGCCAGAUGCCGUAUUCACCGACCCUGAUAUGCCAAUGGGCGAUCGUAUUAACCUGGCCUAUUCCGGAAGCUCUGUCACUAGAGGUCGAGCCACCGGUAUUGUCAUUGCUACUGGUAUGGAAACAGAGGUCGGCCAAAUCGCCGAACUCCUGCGCAAGAAUAAGAACGACGACACCGAAAGGACUCCCGUCGGUCGCGCAGUUUGGAAGUUCUACCAGUUCUCUCGCAGAAUUCUUGGCCUCGAGGGAACCCCUCUCCAGGUCACCCUCAGCAAGUUCGCUCUGUUGCUUUUCGCCUUCGCCAUUCUCCUCGCCGUCAUCGUCUUUUCCGUCAGUUUGUGGAAAAUCACUGAUGAAGUCCUUCUCUACGGAAUCUGCGUCGGUGUGGCAGUUAUCCCUGAGUCACUCCUUGCUGUUUUGACAGUUACAAUGGCCGUUGCCACCAAGGCAAUGGUUCGCGGUAAUGUCAUUGUUCGUCAGAUGCCUUCCCUGGAAGCUGUCGGCGGUGUUACCAACAUCUGCUCGGACAAGACCGGUACCCUGACUCAAGGACGAAUGAUUACCCGAAAGGUUUGGCUCCGUGGCGACCUCGCCGGAACUGUUGAGGGCACCGCCAACCCAUACGACCCUUACAGCGGAACUGUUAAGUGGUCUGCUGACUUGGCCGGAAGCUGCCUGAAUACUUUCCUCAAGGUUCUUACUCUUUGCAACAACGCCACAGUCAGUGACGGCAAGAAAGAGCCUGAGACGGAUUCUAGCAGCAUCAUCACUUCCGAGGAUGCUGAGUGGAAGGCCGUUGGUGAGCCUACUGAAAUUGCUCUCAAGGUUUUUGCCAUGAGAUUCGGCCGUAGUGUUUCCGGGGGUGACACCCUGGUGGCCGAACAUCCUUUCGAUUCUUCCUGCAAGCUCAUGAGCGUUGUCUAUGGUAACGAGAUCGAACAAACUCGACAUGUCUAUACCAAGGGCGCUGUUGAGGUUCUCCUUACCAAGCUCACUGAGACUGAAGAGUUCAAGAAGGAAAUCCUAGCUAAAGCUGAAGAACUCGCCAGCCAAGGUUUACGAGUGCUCUGUAUCGCAACCAAGCCUAUGAAUGGCGACGUUCAGGAUUGUCAUGAUCGUUCCAAGGUUGAGAGUGAGCUUCAGUUUGUCGGUCUUGCUGGUCUCUAUGACCCCCCUCGCCCUGAGACUGCCGGUGCCGUUGAACAAUGCCGCGCCGCUGGUGUUACUGUUCACAUGGUUACUGGUGACCACAUCAAGACUGCCACAGCCAUUGCUUACGAAGUCGGUAUUCUCAACAAGAACAUCCCCCUCAAAUCCAACACUGUCAUGGCAGCCGCCGACUUUGGCGCCCUUAGCGAUGCCGAGAUUGACUGCCUGGACGAACUCCCCGUGGUUCUCGCUCGUUGUAGCCCUCUGACCAAGGUUCGCAUGAUCGAGGCCCUUCACCGCCGCAAGGCAUUCUGCAUCAUGACUGGUGAUGGUGUCAACGAUUCGCCUGCCCUCAAGCAAGCUGAUGUCGGCAUUGCCAUGGGAGACCGUGGUAGCGACGUCGCCAAAGAGGCGGCUGACAUGGUUCUCACUGAUGACAACUUUGCCUCGAUCGUUACCGGUAUCCAGGAAGGUCGACGACUUGCUGACAAUAUUCAGAAGUUCCUUCUGCAUCUUCUGACAUCCAAUUUAGCACAAGUCAUUCUCCUUCUUAUUGGUCUUGCCUUCAAGGAUGUGCAUGGUUACGCCGUUUUCCCCUUGUCCCCCUUGGAAAUUCUUUGGGCCAACCUGGUUACCUCAUCGCCUCUAGCUUUGGGUCUUGGUCUCGAGGAAGCCUCUCCUGAUAUCCUUCGCCGACCUCCCCGCAGCUUGCGCAGUGGUGUGUUUACCUUUGACCUGGUACGCGAUCAGCUUGUCUAUGGACUCUGCUCAGGAUCCCUCUGCCUGUGUGCUUUCAUGCUUGUCAACUAUGCUGCAUCUGGUCAAGGUUACUACCCGAUGGUAGAAGGCUGCAACGAGAGCGGAAACGAUGCUUGUGACCUUGUUUACCGCGCUCGUGCCACGACCUUCUCCACGCUGGCUUUCUUGUUGCUCGUCACAGCAUGGGAGGUGAAGCACUUCCACCGCAGCCUCUUCAACAUGGAUGAGCGUGCCACUGGCCCCUUCUCUGUGUUCAAGACCAUCUACCACAACAAGUUCCUCUUCUGGUCCGUUGUUGCCGGCUUCGUCAUGAUCUUCCCUAUCGUGUAUAUCCCCUACCUCAACACCGAGGUGUUCAAGCACAAGGGUCUUACAUGGGAGUGGGGUGUCGUUGCUGGCUGUGUUGUUGUAUAUAUCAGCCUCAUUGAGAUGUGGAAGGCUUGCAAGAGACGGUUCAAGCUGGGUGUUGACUCGCACCCGGUCACCCAGGGCCAGGCUCAAGUCUAAGCUCGGAAGGUGAACCAUUUAAACCGGUGAGACAAAAGGUGUCGUGGCAGUCGUAGCGUGGGAAGUUAGUCGUGAGGCAAGGGGGACAGGUUUUGGGAUAUUUGCACGGUUAUCAGAUUGUUUUGGUAUUAUACUUAUUGCUAUUAUCCUCUAGCCAAUACAUUUCCUGUCGAAGAAU